GGGAGGGGGCACCCGCACCCCUGCAUCCCCAGAAGCCCCUGCGGUGCCUGAGGGACCCCCCCGUGCCCCCCAGCCCCUCUCCCGCACCCCCACCCCCGGGACUGUGCCGAGGAGCAGCGGAACGGGCCGGGCCCCUCGCGGGAGACCCUCGUGUUCCUCGGAGGGGACCCGGCCCGGCCCCUCAGGGUCUUCUGUGACAUGGAGACGGACGGCGGCGGCUGGCUGGUGUUCCAGCGCCGCCAGGACGGGGGCACCGAUUUCUGGCGGGGGUGGGAGUCGUACGCCCGCGGCUUCGGCAACAUCAGCGGCGAGUUCUGGCUCGGGAACGAAGCGCUGCACGCGCUGACGGCCGGGACCCCCACGGAGCUGCGCGUGGACCUGCGGACCCCUCGCGACUCCGCCUUCGCGCACUAUCGCGACUUCGCCGUCGGCGGCGCUGAGGAGCGAUAUCGGCUCCGAGUCGGGACCUUCAGCGGCACCGCCGGGGACGCCCUCUCCUACCACUCGGGCAGCCCCUUCUCGACACGGGACCGGGACCCCCGGGACCCUCGGGGCCCCCGAGAGCCCCCGGGGCACCCCCGGCCUCCCCACUGUGCCGUGGCCUAUGGAGGGGCCUGGUGGUACCGGAACUGCCACUAUGCCAACCUGAACGGGCGCUACGGGGCCACCCGGGACCACCAGGGCAUCCACUGGUUCCCCUGGAAAGGCUUCGACGUCUCCAUCCCCUUCACCGAGAUGAAGCUGCGGCCGCAGCGAGACUGA